AUGGCAUCAGCCCAAAAGCAGCAAAGUAGUCAGUACUGGUUCACCUGCUACUGUGACGAGCUAUCAGCCAAUCAGCCUGUUCACAAGGAUGCAUGUAGGCACAAGUGCUCAGUCCAAUCAGCUGUUUCGCAGGGUGCGUUAGGACAAGUGCUCAGCCAAUCAGCUGUUUCACAAGGUGCAUUAGGACAAGUGCUCAGCCAAUCAGCUGUUUCGCAGGGUGCAUUAGGACAAGUACUCAGCCAAUCAGCUGUUUCGCAGGGUGCAUUAGGACAAGUGCUCAGCCAAUCAGCUGUUUCCCAUGGAGCAUUAGGGCAAGUGCUCAGCCAGUCAAAAGCAACUAAUCCUGGUGGGGUAAUGGUGACACAGCUUACGUCUGGUGGAAGUAUCACUCUAAGACCUACAGCCACUAAAAGCCAUGGUAAAGUACUUACACAUGGACAGGCAGGACUUGUUCCUGCACAGCUUAUUUUACAGCAGCCUGGUGGUCUGAAAAAUGUAGAGACUCAAUCCACAACAGAUACUGUAGUUUCAGGUGCAGUGGGUACCCCACAAAGUCCUAAUCUUCAAAUGGUUAGAACAGUUCUUUCACAACAAGCUGGACUUAAGGCAGGUCAAGCUACAAUCUUAAUUUCCCAGCCAGCUCUGCAGCAAGGGCAAGUGCUACCUCCUGGUCAUAUUGUUCAGAAUUCUAGACCACAGGGAAAAACACCACAGCAAGGGAAGCCUGUAUUUGCUCGAAUAAUUAAUCCUGGAUCUGUGAAGCUUGCCGGAGGAGUUCAGGGAUUCUCAACACAAGGUCAGCUUAUCCAAACAGUUGGUCCUACAGGACAGACAAUUGCUGUGCAAAGUGAUGCAGCCCUUAGACAAACACUGAGUAAACUUGUCACGGGUUCAAACUCUGGAAGCCCUGCUAAUGUCAUAUUUACAACAGUUGGGUCGUCUAUAACAGGUGUUACCCCUGGGAGUCCAGCAAAUGUUAUUCUUGGUUCCUCAGGGACAUCUAUCACAACAAGUCAACAAAUUCUAGCAGCAGCUGCAGCAGGUAAAGCUGCCCAAAUUAAAGAAUUAGAAAAAGACAAGAAAUCGUGAACUUCAUUUACUUCUGAUUAUAUAUAUUGCCAUGUUCUAUUCUGUCUUUAGUUAAUUCCGAUUUAUCUGUCCUUAAGUGAAUUAAAUAUCAAAGAAUAAAUACAUUGUACAUGUAUUAGGCAGUUAGCUUGCAGUUAAGGGGCUUUUUAGACAUGAAUAUCAAAAUAUAAAUACAUUGUACAUGUAUUAGGCAACUAGCUUGCAGAUAAGGGACUUUUCAGACAGGAAAGAUGACAUGCAGGACUUAAAAUGUACGAUUAUCGUGUGGUAUAAAGCGUGUUUAUCAAUUAUUACCUUUCAACAUAUUGAUAAAUUUGUAAGUACUUAGAACUGUAAAAAUUAGUAAACUGUAGACAUGUUAUUAUAAGAAAAGGAAUAAUAGCUGAUGUAUAGCUGAACUAAAAAAUAAAUGCUUUAUUGAAACUUUA